GAAGCUGAAAUCACGAUGUCGUCACCCUUUCACAAGACGGUGUUAUCGUACUAUUCAGUAUGACGACCAACCCCCUUUUUCCGCUGGAUUCCCUCCGUAAGGUUCCGUUAGAGUUUUUAUAUGCGUUUUCGAAAAGCUUCCUCAGAGUCUAUUCAUUGUUCAGUUCAAGUCAGUUCACUUUUCCUGUCUACUAUCAAAGCACUCCCGUUGUUUGCCAGCAAUCACCUUGUGACUGGACACCAUGUCGUCAAUCGCAAUUCGGAGCAUGGGCCCCGAAGGGACGGAUGUUGCAAAGUUGUCUGCAUAUGGGGAGGCCCGAUCAACCGUGAACAAGAACCCAUUGACAAAAGAUGAAUUGGAGAAGAGCACCAAGUACUUCUACGCCUCUCUCUAUCUCUCUCUAGGGAUGAUCUACCUCAAGCAGAACCCUCUCUUAAGGGAACCUCUCCAAACGAAGCAUCUGAAAGCUCGAUUGCUGGGACACUGGGGUUCUGAUGCAGGACAAAGCUUCACCUACAUCCACUUCAACCGAUUGAUCAAGAAGUAUGACCUCGACGCGAUAUUCAUUUCCGGUCCCGGUCAUGGAGCACCAGCUGUUCUCUCCAACUCCUACCUCGAGGGUGUCUACUCCGAGGUGUAUCCGGACAAGAGCCAGGAUAUUGAAGGCAUGCGUCGGUUCUUCAGGCAAUUCUCCUUCCCCGGCGGUAUUGGCAGCCAUGCGACGCCCGAGACUCCUGGCAGUAUGCAUGAAGGCGGCGAGCUUGGAUACUCGAUCUCCCAUUCAUUCGGGGCAGUGUUCGAUAACCCCAGUUUGAUCUCAGUAACGAUGGUCGGAGAUGGCGAAGCGGAGACUGGCCCUAUGGCGACCAGCUGGCACAGUACCAAGUUCCUUAAUCCCAUAACAGACGGUGCUGUUCUUCCUGUGCUCAAUCUCAACGGGUACAAGAUCAACAAUCCCACCGUUCUGGCUCGAAUCGAUCAUGAAGAACUUGAGAGCUUGUUUCUCGGCUACGGUUGGACCCCCUACUUCGUCGAAGGGAGCGACUUGGACUCUAUGCACCAAGCCAUGGCUUCUACCCUUGAAGAGUGCGUCCUGAAGAUCAGGCAGUAUCAAAAACAGGCUCGGGAAUCCGGAAAGGCGUUCCGUCCGCGAUGGCCAAUGAUCAUACUUCGAGCUCCCAAAGGGUGGACGGGUCCCAGGAAGCUCGGUCCCCAUUACUUGGAAGGGUUCUGGCGGGCCCAUCAGGUUCCAAUCACCGACGUUCAUACCAAAGAGGAAAGUUUGAAAACCCUCGAAAAAUGGAUGAAGGGCUAUGAACCCGAGAAACUUUUCGACAAGAACGGUACUCUGGUGCCCGAACUGCGGGAGCUGGCACCGAGUGGCGAUCGCCGGAUGAGCGCCAAUCCGGUGACGAACGGCGGACGCAUGAAGCAGAAGCUGCAUAUCCCCGACUUCCGAGACUAUGCGUUCAGAGAUGUCUCCCCCGGUGCCACGUUCGCCGGCAGCAUGGAAAACUUCGCCACUUUCCUUCGCGACAUUGCGGCGCAGAAUCUCAAGAGUUUCCGGGUUUUCGGUCCCGAUGAAACCCAGUCGAACAAGCUGCAGAAAAUCUACGAGGUCGGGAAGAAGGUCUGGCUGGGAAGUUACUUCAAAGAGGAUGAGGAUGGAGGGAAUCUGGCGCUGGAGGGCCGCGUCAUGGAGAUGCUCAGUGAGCAUACGGUUGAAGGAUGGCUGGAAGGAUACGUCCUGACUGGACGACACGGCCUUCUGAACAGCUACGAGCCUUUCGUUCACAUCAUUGAUAGCAUGGUCAAUCAGCACUGCAAGUGGAUUGAGAAGUGUCUUGAAGUGGAAUGGCGAGGGAAAGUCUCGUCGCUCAACCUUCUCUUGACGGCUACUGUUUGGCGGCAAGAUCACAACGGUUUUACACAUCAGGACCCCGGGUUCCUCGAUGUCAUUUGCAACAAAUCUCCGGAUGUGGUUCGCAUCUACCUGCCUCCCGAUGGAAAUUGCCUUCUGUCCGUGGCCGAUCAUUGCUUCCGCUCAUCCAACUAUGUCAACGUUAUCGUCGCGGACAAGCAGAACCAUCUACAGUAUCUGAGCAUGGAGGACGCGGUCACGCAUUGUACCAAGGGCAUCGGCAUCUGGGACUGGGCGUCGAAUGAUGCUGGCGAGGAGCCGGACGUGGUACUGGCUACUUGUGGAGAUGUACCAACGCAAGAGUCCCUGGCUGCGACUAGUCUCCUUCGCGAGCAUCUACCCGACCUCAAGGUCCGCUUCGUUAACGUUGUGGAUCUGUUCCGAAUCCAGGCCAAGUCCUUCCACCCGCAUGGUCUAGACGACAAGGAAUUCCAGGCCGUCUUCACUCCCGACAAACCCGUCAUCUUCAACUUCCAUUCCUACCCCUGGCUCAUCCAUCGCUUGAUUCACAGCCGGGCCUCGUCGCACAACUUCCUGGUCCGAGGAUACAUGGAGAAGGGCAACAUCAACACUCCGUUGGAGCUGGCCAUUCGCAACAAUGUGGAUCGGUUUUCGAUCGCCAUCGAUGCCAUUGACCAAGCUCCGAGGCUGGGGAACUCGGCGUCAGGGGUGCGAGACCGGCUGUUGGAUCAGCGGGUCAAGGCGCAGAAUUUCGCGUAUCAUGAAGGCCUUGACAUCGCCGAACUGACGGACUGGCGCUGGCCAUAUUGAGGGCAUGUUGCGCCGAACCAGCACAAGGUAAUCGAACUAUUCUGCUUUCCGAUGCCAUAAUGGUGUUGAGAAUUGGAGUCACUGGGUUUUAGUAAUGGUAUCUGUUUGGACUUUGUAUCUCUCUCCUCUUCCUGCCGUGACUGGUACACAUCAGUUCAUCUGUCGUGUCUGGCAUGCAAAUUACACUUGCGAACCCCCCCACUGCUGAUUCCCUCCGCCCUCCAGAAUCUAGACUCAAGAGGCGUGAAUCACGGUAGAGGAGUCCAAUAUUGAUUGGGGCGGCACCGCCCUGGAUCCUCGUAAAGGAG